CCCCGGAUCCUUGAUGACGAGGAGCUCCGUAAUCGCGUCGCAAAGUGGAGAUAAAUCAACGAAUGAUAAACGUCAGCGUAAAUGCCUGGUUCUAGUGAAUUAUUGAGUUUGGGCCAAUUCGUGACUGUGCCCGAACUCACUCCUAAGGUUGGAGAUUUGAUCGAAAUCGACCGCACGCUCUACAUCCAUUGGGCUGUCUACGUCGGAGACGGCAGAGUGGUCCACGUCGUUGGGCCCAACGCGGAGGACAUACCGACCGAUUGGGCAUUUGUGCAGAAGUCGUCGUUGGAGCAGGUUGCGGGCUGCUCGAGAGUUCGGGUGAACAAUAAAUCUGUGCGAGCGAGAGAACGAGGCGUCAAGCCCCUUGAGAAGGAGAAAGUCGUUCAGUAUGCGCUCGAGAAUCUCGAUCAGAAGGUCGAGUACAAUGUCCUCACGAGGAACGCCGAGUUCUAUGUGACCCAGUGGAAGUACGGCCACGGAUGGAGCGAUCAGGCAUCGAUCGCUCUCAGCGUAAUGAAAUCGCUCAACGGUGACAUCAAAAUGGGUCACAAUACAUUUCUCACGGGACUUCAAGCGGUCUUCGACAGCCCAAUCAUUAAUUACAAAUCUCCGAGAGGUCCGCAACGCAGGAGCAGUUCACUUCAGUCGACCACCUGACAUACGGAGGGACCUCGCAAGGCGAGGUCCUCUUCGUCUCAAAGCAGCGAAACCGACAUCGAGAUGGAAUGAAAGUGUUCUGAGAGAUCGUCGAGCCAGCCGUUCAGCCAUAAACCGAUUUCACGAAGUAC